CGGUAAAAACUGCAAAGAUGAGAGGCAAGGGGACAAGAUGGAGCGGAAAGGGUCCAGCAAGAGCAAGAUGGAGGAAAGUCAGGCCACCGAGGAGGAGACGCAGAGAAUGAGGCUGGAGCAGGAGAGGAUUCAAGCGAAGACCAGGGAGCUCCGAGAGCGACAGGCCAGAGAACGAGACUACGCUGAGAUCCAGGACAUCAGCCGAAACUUCAGCUCCGACGAGGAGCACACCUACGCCGGGAUCGGCUCUCUGGACUCGUCCCUGGACAGCAGUAUGGACCUGAGCCAUAACCCCGGUCCAGAGCGUCCUCAGAGCCCCCGAGACCAGGCCUUGCCCUUAGAGGCUCUUUACGCACAGGUCAACAAGCCCCGCAACGGACGCCCUCCAUCUGCAGACAGCAGCCGACUGGCACCCAGCAACCAUGACCGAAUACAAUGUCUACGGCAAGAGUUCCAGCAUGCCAAGCAGGAGGAGGAACCUGAUGACCGCCGUCGAUCCUACAGCUUUCAACAACAACAGAGGGCCAACACGGGUUCUUAUACACCGACGGGGCGGCACUCAGUUUCUGUGGAGGACCAAAUGCAGAAACAGAGAGAGGACAGAGACUCUUUCACACAAGCCCAGAGGCAAUACAACUCCUUACCGCGACAACCACGUAAAAACCCUAGCACCGUGUCUCAAGACUCUUGGGAUAAAGUCUAUCCUCCCGGCAAGGUCUUUCAGUCCGCCAAAGAGAACCCGCGCUACUCCAGCUACCAGGGAUCCCGCACUGCGAAUGGCUACCUGGGUGCCGCCGCCACGGGCCUGAACGCUCGCGUCCUCCUGGAGACCCAAGAGCUCCUGAGACAGGAACAGAGACGAAAGGAGCAGGAGGCUAAAACCAAGCUACCUACUAUGGAGGAGACACCAACCCUAAGCCAAACCCCUGUUCCUGCUCCACCCAAAGGCCCCUACCGACAAGACGUGCCACCCUCGCCCACCCAACUCGCCCGGCUCAACCGUCUACAGACCCCUGAGAAGGGCCGCCCCUUCUACUCCUGAGACGAGAGAUCAAAACUGUAGGAAAAACUAUGUGACAGCAAUAAUAUUGAAUGGCGAGAGACAGAGCUAUAACAUGGAGACUGAAUGGAGAAUUCUGGGUAAUUGGUUUUGGAGGUUUUUCUGAGAUGUUUUUUUGUUUUGUUUUUUACUCCAGUAUGAAAUCUUUGUACACACUGAAGAUCUUUGUUAACUAUCCAUCUCCCAUUCCUGCUUUUGACAAUUGUGUGUGUGUUUGUUCAAUUAAUUGACGUUAUGGCACUAGGUACUCUUGACAAUCACAUGACAGUCGCCCGAGGCUUUGAUACAUGGUUGUUCAAAGAAAAAAUGCAAUAUUUAGCUUUAAAAAAUGAAGCUAGUUUCUAGAUCUAUAAAUAUAUAUUUUUUUCGAUUACAGAGGUCAUGACAUCCAACAUUAUAUAUAUAUAUAUAUAUAUA